UUCGUUUCUGUUACUGCUUAACGUGGGUGAGUUGGUAUUUUGUACUUUGUAUGCUGUUUGGGUUGCUGAAUACGUUUGACAUGUUAAUAAGCUAUAUUAAUUAUGCAAUUCUGUUUACUGAGCUAAGAUGCAUAGAACUAUUUAUUUGCAACUGUCACGAGGCAAAAUAUUUGGUUACGCAUGCACCAAUGAGUGCUUCAUUGCUGCAGAAGAAGGAUCACAAAACUUUGGAUCUGUAAGCCGGUGCAAACUUAUUUGCCCAAAACUGUCAAAAUAUAUGCAGUUAGACUUUAUUUUCGCCCAGAAUAGGACCAGGCCCACGAAGUAAAUAACCAAUGUCGAAAACCCAGCUAGCAUUUUUUCAGGCCCAUUGCAGACUUUUUGGGGCAGACUUCGGGAAACUUUCUUACGUAAGUAGAUCUUCCCGAAGUUUGUUUGCCUCAAAAAGUCUGCAAUGAGCCCGAAAAAAAUGCUAGCUGGGAACUGACUUCAUACAUGUGUACGUCAUUGGCACAGUUGUUAGGACGCCUACCGACCAUGCUCAUGGUCUAAGGUUCGAUACCCUGUCGACGCACACCUAAUGUCAUUUAUCGGCGAGCUAAAUUCGGGUUACCGGUAUGACAUGCCUAAAAUUCCAGACUUGUACCAAAAUACCUUGAGGAAUCAAGCUAUAAUAAAAAAAUAUAGGACAUGUUUUCUAUACAUUCGACUUCUAUUCUGGGCAUGCUUAUUUUUGUUUGUUUGAAAAGAGCGCAAAAUUCACAAGAAAUGUAUUUAGAAAUAGGUUGUGUUCAAAGUACGACAUGUUAACUGAUCACUUAGACUUAGAAUCAGAAUAUGUGGCCAACCGCGUCCUUUCGGCAUAUAUAAACACUAUCCAUUCAGUCAAAAAAAUGCAAAAUAACCUGAAAAUACGGCAAAUCACGACAUCUGAAAACUUAGAUGUUUUUUUCUGCUUCUUAUCUUCAGUCUGUCGCAGCUAUUUUAAGGCAAUGUUAAAUGCAUGCUAUUGUUUUCUUGGGAAUCUCACUCUCCUUACUGCUAUGCUUUAAGGGACUGUUUACGACACGCAAAGACGAUGAUAAUGAUGUGUGUUAAAGUCGCACAUCCUGGUGUUUUGAAAAGCCUUUUGUAACUCGUGGAUUACAAUGAAAAACUGCAUGCUAUUAAAACAGGCGUUUGCGUUCCACCUCUUUUUAAAACAUGAUAGGAUUAUUUUUGGGAUAAACACAAUACCAUCAAAGAACAAAAUCUCUAAGAGAUAGCCAUUAAGUUAAAAUUAAUGACGAGGAAGCCAUCGCACCCCCUAAAACUAACAGGACCGGAAAGUGUUAGGGAAAAUCACACUUCACUUGUUUGUGACUGCUAUUUGCUGGCGAAAUCUCGGCUGACGCAUACUAAAGCUUGUGUUGGCGUUUACCAGCCUAUGUCAUCUCUAGAGUUGAUACAAUAUCCGCUGUAAUAUUUAUGCUAUUAUUCAUAUCACGUUGCUUAUCUGCGGUCAAUGUUUUCUGCAAACUUCGUAACUUAAGGACUACUCCUAAGUAUUGUAAAUGCACUACCUUUCUUGGCUGCACCAGCAUUAUGAUGAUAAUCUAGUUUCAAUUAAUGGAUAUAAGGUUUUUCGCCAAGAUAGAAAUAGUUCCAAGAAAAAAUAUGGAGGAGGGGUAGCCACUUUUAUAAACACAAGUUGGUCUACAUCAAAUCACGUUUGCUUCAAUUAUUCUAAUGACAAUAUAGAUUGCAUAACCGUCAGGUGUCGCCCAAAACACUUAAGUAAAUAUUCUUAUAUAUACAUAACAAAUAUUUACAUAACACCCAAUUGUAGCCUUUCUAAUAUAGUUAUGUUUGCAGAUGAGUUUACUGAAUUCGCUGCUCCUGCAUUCGGAAAUUCGUUGUCUAUAGUCUGUGGUGAUUUUAAUUUAUGUGAUCACAGCUUUCUUACUUCACUUGGUCAUGAGAAUCUAGUCAAGUUUAAUACACGUCUGGACAAAUCACUAGACCUGGUUUUCAUAAAUGACCGUGAUGUAUAUGAAACCCGAAGGAGAGCUCCUUUGUUAAAUUCUGACCACUGCAUUAUUCGUAUUUUACCGAAAGUGUACGGCAAGUUACAACGAACAUUGUUUAGUCAUUUAACAAAGAAGAUACAUGAACGUUCAUAUUCCCAUGACAACAUUCUAGCAUUAAGAAGCAUAUUGCAUGAUACCAACUGGGAACUAUUUACUGAAGAUAAGUUGGAUGCUACUGUCUCUAAUAUAACCGAUUAUCUGAAGUUUUGUUUGGAAAUUUGCUGUCCGUAUGAAACACUGUUUUCGAGAUUUGACAGAAUCUCUUCUGUGCAACUGAAAAAACUUAGAAGACAAAAAGAGAAGUUGUAUAAGAAUUGUGAUAAUACUGGUGUCCGUAAAAUAAACACCCAUAUAAAAAUUGAAAUAGAAAGGUUGAACAGACUAUAUAAUGAAAAAUUUUUAUCAUGUAAAAAUCCUUCAAACAUUUGGAAACUUUUCAAUAAACUCACAAGUAAAAAACAAAUGUCUGUUGAUGCUUAUACUGAUGUUAAUGCUUUAAACAAAUCAUUUAUCAAGAAACAAAUUAAUAUGGUUGUACCUGAUGUAACUAGUCAAGAAAAUGGUCAUUUUCCGGGUUUUAAAGAAAAGGAUGUACUAUUAUGUUUGAAAUCAUUAAAUCCAACACAUAGCCUUGGUCCAGAUGGUGUACCGAGCAUUCUUCUUCAAAAGUGUGCAGACAUCUUGUGUCAUCCUCUGACUCAAAUCUUUAACGCAUCAUUUAACAGGGAAACGGUACCUGCUGACUGGAAAGAAAUCAAGGUUGUACCUGUACAGAAAUCAUCUUCUGGAGCAGGUAUAAAGUUUAUACCGGUAGCUAUAACAUCUCCUUUUUUGAAAACUAUGGAGAAACUUCUUUUGAAUAUUCUUAAACCUUCUUUAGAAGCUUUCAGUGACCCUAAGCAGUUUGCUUAUAAGUGUGGAAGAAGUACAUUAGAUGCAGCCAUUGUGCUACACCAUAAUAUUGUUUCCUGCCUUGAUAAGGGUGCUAAGUUCGUUCGAACAGCUUUUUUAGACUAUACUGCAGCUUUCGACUCUGUUCCUAGGACACUUUUAUUAGGAAAGAUGAUUUUAGCUCAAACAGAGUCCUGGGUAACUAGAUGGCUGUCUUCUUAUUUUAAGGAUAGGAAACAGCAUACUGUUUUGGCUGGAAAGCGCUCCACUUCUCAGCUAACUGAAAGUGGUGUGCCUCAAGGUGCAGUACUUUCUCCAUUUCUUUUCUCUUUCUUUUUGCAUGACCUUCCGAACUCACCCAUAGUUAACUUCAUUAAGUAUGCCGAUGAUCUGACCGUUUCUGUCCCUGUAGUUUCCACAUCGGAUUGUUCCCAUAUGAAUGGCUUCUUAGCUGAAGUGAAGGAUUGGUCUGGCUCAAAUGGUCUUAAACUAAAUCCAACUAAAUGUAACACUGUUGAUUUCAGCUUGAGAAGUGAAAAAGACAUGCAUGGAUUGAUUCAAUCUCAUGAUUGUUGUAAUAUUGAUGGUACCAUGAUAGAGAGUAAGUCAAGUGUUUCUUAUCUUGGAAUUAGUUUCUCUUCAAACCUUUGCUGGUCGUCUCAUAUUCUUAUAGUUUCUAAGAAAGUUUUCCGUCUGACUUAUUACAUAAAGAAGUUGAGACACUCAGGUAUAACUCAAUCUCUUAUCAUACAAUUUAUUAAUUCAUGUGUUUUGCCCAUCAUUCUUUAUUGUUCUCCAUUAUUCUUCCCUGGGCUACUCAAGAAAGACCAUAUAAUACUACGAAGAACACUGAGGGCUGUAAGUAGGGUCAGUGCUAUCCCUUUGACUCAACUAAAUGACACUGUUGUCAAUAGGCAUAUGAAUUCUUGUAAACACUUAGCUAAAGUUACCUUAUCUGAUAGUGAACAUCCUCCUUAUUCACAAUUGUUUCCUUGUAUCUCUUCGGGUAAGACCAGAAGAAAUUUUAUAAACAUUUAUGCUCGUACUACAAAAUAUAAAAAUUCGACCGUUCCAUAUUUGGCACGAGUAUUGUGUGAAGAGACAAAUAUCAGAAAAGAACUUUUGCAACUUUUGAAUCAAUAACUAAACUAUAAAAUAUAAUGAAGCAUAUUAUUAUGCAUGUGUUAUUCGUUAUAUUAUUUAUUUAUUAUUCACUAUGACCUAGAAUGGUGUGAUUUUGUUGGGUUUUUAUUAUUAUUAUUUUUUUUGUUUUGUUUUUUCCUAUUAACUAUCAAUAUUUUAACAUUUUAUACAUUUAUAUAAUUAUAAACAGAGCUAAACCAUUGCAAUAUGUAAAAGAAACGCUGAAAAUUCCAUGCUGUAAAUUUUUAUUGUUGUGGAAUAAAGUGAUUAUUAUUAUUAUUAUUAUUAUU